ACACACCUGAGAGCAGAGACACCGGAGGACGCGCACCGGCCACUCGACCCGCUUCCUUCUUGCUAUAUUCACAAAAUGCCUCCAUCCUCUUCCUCCCCCCUCCUCCUCCUCCUCCUCUUCCUCCCCCCGCUGCUGCGGCUCGCCGGAGCGGAAGAGCAGGCGGACUGCAGCGCGGCGUUCCGGGCCGGACAGGACGACUUCGUCCUGGACGCGGAGGACGCGGUGACGGAGGGAGCGGCGCUGCUGGCCACGGUGCGCGUGCGCUCGCUGGAAGCCUGUAGGAGCGCGUGCUGCGGGAACGAGCUCUGCAACUUGGCGCUGCUGGAGCCGCGCGGCAGCGAUGCGGCGGAAGCGGCGGAACACCGCGUAUGCGUCACGUUCAACUGCAUUCACAGAAACCGCUUCGUGUGUAGGUUCGUGAACAAGGCGGGGUACCGGAGCUACAUCCGGGAGUCCGUGUUCCAGAUGUACCUGCGGGGGCCUCGGGAAUCAGGUAAAGAGGUUCUGCCCAUCGCCAUCGCCGCCCGUGAUGUCAUCAUUCAGCCCGGCGAAGUGGUGACUCUCAGCGGCAUCCAGAGCCUGGCACUGGGCGACGCCCACAUCGUUGAGUACCAUUGGACUCUGCAGAGCGGAGACAGCAACGUGAAGAUGGAGUCCACAGACCUACCUGACCAGGUGAGCCUGUCCCUCCUGCAGCCGGGCUCCUACCACUUCCUGCUGACUGUCAGAGACUCCAAUCAGCAGCUGUCCCGCGCCGCCAAGGUCACCGUGCUUGUGCUCAGCCCGGAGCAGACCAGCUCGUUCUGUCUGUCCUCGCUGAAGGUCGGUCCGUGUCGUGCUUCGUUCCCUCGAUGGCGGUACAACGCCGUGACGAGCGUCUGUGAGCCGUUUGUGUUCGGAGGCUGUAAAUCCAACAAGAACAACUUCCUGUCCAAGGACGAGUGUUUGUCAGCCUGCAGAGGAGUCACAGUGUCUUCAGAGAGGAGCGUUACGCUGCCUGUCGCUGAGGAGUGUGGUGCUCCCUGUGGUCCUGAUCAGCUGACCUGUGUCAGCGGCUGCUGUCUGGACAGAAGUCUGGAGUGUGACGGAGUGAACCAGUGUAGUGACGGGACGGACGAGGAGCCCUGCAGCAAACUGAACCAGACCUUUAACCGUCUGCUGGACAUUGAAGUGAACCAGAAGAAAGCCCGGUGUGUGGAACCCCCCCUCACCGGGCCCUGCCGGGCCAGCUUCCCUCGCUGGUACUACGACCCCCUGAACAGGAAGUGCUCCCGCUUCACUUUCGGAGGCUGUGAAGGAAACGAGAACAACUUUGAGGAGGAAGACAAGUGCAGCAACACCUGCAGAGGCGUGACCGAGCAUCACGCGUUCUUCAGAGCAAUAUUCGAUCGUUAUGCGGAGAAGGAUGACAGUGACUCAGGAAACAUUGCGCUGGCCGUCUGCCUGUCGGUGGCCAUCUUGGCUCUGCUGGCCAUCCUAACCUACUGCUUCCUGAAGGCCAGGAAGGAGCGCUCCCAUAGGCCGGUGGCCACAGGCCCCGCCCACGUGGCGCUGUCGCAGCAGGAGACGCUGGUCUACAACAGCACCACCAAACCUGAGUGAUGGCAGGCAUUGAUUAGGAUGAGUUAUGAUCAGGUGUCGGGUUUCUCUUUGAUGUAUUUAUGAAUAUUCAGUGUUUGGGGCUCAGGUUGAAUGUAAAUAUGUCUUGUUAAUGUCUUCAAUAUGUUUUAACCUCAGGUUUGAUACUUUGUCAUAUUUUACAUGUUAUAAAUACAUAA